GGUGCCUGCUUCCUCUUCUAGUUUGUUUAGUCACAGAAUUCGAUUCCUGUUGGCCGGUUACGCGCCUACAAACAGGCUUAGCGCUCUAUUGAAAUGCGUGAGGCUCCUUAACUCUUGUAUAAACAGAAACCAGCUGUAACUUUAGGUCAGAGCGCAUUAAAAUGAGCCACUUCUAAACGAGCAGCGCCCAGGCCCCAGGCCCUGCUGCGAAGGCCCCGGCAAAGGUCAGGGUUUCGUCCGCGUGACGUUCCUUCCUGCGCGCGUCCAAGCGGUGCUGUGCCUCAGCAAAGGUAUCUGCGCUCCUAAAACAACAGGAAUGUUGCACUGGCCUUUAGCCAGCGGUGGCUCAGCGAGCAGGAUAAAAUUUCAGUGCAGAUUUACGGGAAGUUGCUGGUGUCGGGAGUAAAAAUCUGGUUUGGAUUUGCUUCAAAGGGCAUGCCAAAAAUUGAACUGAAAAAUCCCAAGCAAGCUGCCUGAAUUUCCCUGUAUAUUCUUGUUCUACAUCCUAUAAAAGGACCAGACAAACCAAAUUAGUGGGGUUUUGGUCUCCUCCAGCCGUGGAUGCCUUUGACAUUAUGACCGCAGAGGAUUCCACCGCAGCCAUGAGCAGCGACUCGGCCGCCGCGUCCUCGGCCAAGGUGCCCGAGGGCGUGGCCGGCGCGCCCAACGAGGCGGCGCUGCUGGCGCUGAUGGAGCGCACGGGCUACAGCAUGGUGCAGGAGAACGGGCAGCGCAAGUACGGCGGCCCGCCGCCCGGCUGGGAGGGCCCGCACCCGCAGCGCGGCUGCGAGGUCUUCGUGGGCAAGAUCCCGCGAGACGUGUACGAGGACGAGCUGGUGCCCGUGUUCGAGGCGGUGGGCCGCAUCUACGAGCUGCGCCUCAUGAUGGACUUCGACGGCAAGAACCGCGGCUACGCCUUCGUCAUGUACUGCCACAAGAACGAGGCCAAGCGCGCCGUGCGCGAGCUCAACAACUACGAGAUCCGCCCGGGCCGCCUGCUCGGCGUGUGCUGCAGCGUGGACAACUGCCGCCUCUUCAUCGGUGGCAUCCCCAAGAUGAAGAAGCGCGAGGAGAUCCUGGAGGAGAUCGCCAAGGUCACCGAGGGCGUGCUGGACGUGAUCGUCUACGCCAGCGCGGCCGACAAGAUGAAGAACCGCGGCUUCGCCUUCGUCGAGUACGAGAGCCACCGCGCGGCCGCCAUGGCGCGCCGCAAGCUCAUGCCCGGCCGCAUCCAGCUGUGGGGCCACCAGAUCGCCGUGGACUGGGCCGAGCCCGAGAUCGACGUGGACGAGGACGUGAUGGAGACCGUGAAGAUCCUCUAUGUGCGCAACCUCAUGAUCGAGACCACGGAGGACACCAUCAAGAAGAGCUUCGGCCAGUUCAACCCGGGCUGCGUGGAGCGCGUCAAGAAGAUCCGCGACUACGCCUUCGUGCACUUCGUCAGCCGGGAGGACGCCGUGCAUGCCAUGAACAACCUCAACGGCACUGAGCUGGAGGGCUCGUGCCUCGAGGUGACGCUGGCCAAGCCCGUGGACAAGGAGCAGUACUCCCGCUACCAGAAGGCGGCCAAGGGCGGCGGCGCGGCCGAGGCGGCGGUGCCACAGCCCAGCUACGUGUACUCUUGCGACCCCUACACGCUGGCCUACUACGGCUACCCCUACAACGCGCUCAUCGGGCCCAACAGAGACUACUUUGUGAAAGCAGGCAGCGUAAGAGGCCGGGGUCGAGGUGCGGCUGGCAACAGAGCCCCAGGGCCCAGGGGUUCCUACCUCGGGGGAUAUUCGGCUGGCCGUGGUAUAUAUAGCCGAUAUCAUGAAGGGAAAGGAAAGCAGCAAGAAAAAGGAUAUGAACUUGUACCGAAUUUGGAAAUCUCUGCCGUCAAUCCAGUUGCCAUUAAACCUGGUACAGUGGCCAUCCCUGCCAUUGGGGCCCAGUAUUCCGUAUUUCAGGCCGCCCCAGCCCCUAAAAUAAUUGAAGAUGGCAAAAUCCACACAAUGGAGCACAUGAUCAGCCCCAUCGCGGUGCAGCCAGACCCAGCCAGCGCCGCAGCUGCUGCCGCCGCCGCCGCCGUCAUUCCUGCUGUGUCAACGCCGCCACCUUUCCAGGGCCGCCCGAUAACUCCAGUGUAUACAGUGGCUCCAAACGUUCAGAGAAUUCCCACUGCGGGGAUCUACGGGGCCAGUUACGUUCCGUUUGCUGCUCCAGCCACGGCCACGAUCGCCACACUACAGAAGAAUGCGGCUGCCGCUGCCGCCGUCUAUGGAGGAUAUGCGGGCUACAUACCUCAGGCCUUCCCCGCCGCUGCUAUCCAGGUGCCCAUCCACGACGUCUACCAGACAUACUGACACUGGUGAGGAGAGUGGAGACAGACCACGAACUACCCCUGAAGGAACACUUUACUAUUUAUGAAGAAAGAACGUGCAGGAUUAGCACACCUAUGAAAGUGAAGAAUGUUAUCAAAUGUCAUACUGAAAUAUUUUAUAUUCAUGAUGAAGUUUUCACUAGUUUUUUUUUUAAGACUGUUUGCAAUUUAGCAGCCUGUGUUCAUACAUUUCUAAGAGACUUGCAAUGGUUCGUGCCUUAAUACCAUCUCUGAAAAAUUUGUACGCUGUAGUACAUUUGUAUAGAGGUUUUUGUUUUUUGUAUUUUUAAGGAUAUAUUUUCAGUAUGAAGGUUAUUUUCUUAACUUCUGCACUCCAGAGAUUUCUAUUUUGUAGUACCUUCAAUAAUAUAUCAACUAUAUAUUGAAAAGCACACUUGAGCAGCUAGGGAACUAUUUUGAAAAAUAUAUUCAAUAUUUAAAGACACAAACAAUAGUGCUUUAAAAUACUACAUAAAAUGUUAUUUUAAAAGUUAUACUGGAAAGUGCAAUUUUAAAGUGAGUAAAAUCUCUAUUUUAGCUGGCAUUAAGGGUUGACGGUGUUACCAUCUGUUCUCUAUGACAGUUCUUUUUUUUUUUUUUUUU